CCAACCCCUCUCUCUCUCUCUCUCUCUCUCUCUCUCCACCAAUAUAUUCAUAUAAUUUCUUUUCUUACGAUCUAAGCCUUUUCCACUCCCCAUAUAUACUAGUCUUCACAUUAAUGAUCUGACCCACCUCGCCGGAAAAUCAUGACCUCCGUCUGCGUAUCAAAAUGCGUCCAUGACGCCCGAGUACCCGUCAGAGCCACCUACGCCAACCUCUACAAAUGGCCGGAAUCCGACGCCGAGUUCGUUAUGAUGAGAGCGGUGGGGAGAGGCUGCGCCGCCGAAGGCAACGGAGCAGGGUGGCAUCCGCCGCCGAGGGUGGUGGACAGCAUCUCCUGCCGGCAGCUGUACCUCAGGAGCUACACCUUCUCUAGGAAGGAAACGGUGCCGGAGAGGACCAAGCAGUGCUUGGACCGAGUCAGAGAGCGGAUGGCAGCAGGAAGGCUGCUGAAGAAGAAAAAGAAGAAGAAGAAGAAGGCUCCGCCGGGUAGGGCGCUGAGAGUGAAGGAGCUAUCUUGUGCCAUCUUCCAAAGGCUGCUAUCUUGCACCGCUAGCGUAGAUGUUGUGGAGGGUUAAAGACCAGUGAGUUUGUUUGUGCUCUGGAAUAUGGAUGGACUUUGCGGUUUAUUGAUCUUUUUUCUUUUUCUUUUUUUUUGCAUGUUAAAUUUGGGCAGUUUCAGUUUGUUGAUCUUUUGUACAUCGAUUUCUGAGCCUGAGCCCUGUGUUUCGUUUUCUCUCUAAAUUCAUAGAGUGUUCUAUCUUUAUUUUCCUUUAAAUAAUUUGCAUCUCGUUUUUUGAACCUUAAAUCUUAAUAACUAAGAGAGAUUCAGAUUGCUAUACCUUCUGGUCAA